CACAAGGCGCUUCUCUGGAGUUUAUUUUAUUUUUGCCAGCGGAGACUGGCCUCGAUUACAAAUUAAUCAUUAGUAAUUUGGCAAAGUGGACGGCUUUACAGACAAGCCCCAGAUUUGUGCGUCAAAACAAUUAACAUUAAACUUUCAGUCGACAGCAGGACUGAACUUGGCACUGUCAGUAAGAAGAAAUUAAACAACAGCAAAGCAAAAAUAUUAAAUGAAGAUUAAAUACACUUCGUUGGAGCAGGAAACCAGUUACUUGUCUUCGGCUCUUGCAAUUUGGUAGAACUUCUUCAGUCUUUUAGAUCGAUUCAAAAGGCUUAACACAAUGAAAUCAGAAGCAGAUAAAACAACAACCUUGGACCUAAGCUUCCUGUCGGUGGAAGAGGAAAAUGCUGUCUUGCAAGUUUUAAACAGAGAUGCACAACUCAGAAACCUGGAAAACGGGCGCGUAAGGCAAUUGAAGCUGUCGAAGUUUGAUCCGGGAAAAUUGAAGAUCAUGACUGGGGAAUGGUUUGAUGAGAUGAAAUGUCGCCGCUACGGCGAGAACUACAGUGUGAUUGACGUUGUCAGAUCUUCAUUUAGGAGGAAAACAAAUCCCGCCACCCAAGGCAAUUUUGUCACCAAUCUUGAAGGCAGAAGGAGGGUCCAGAUUAUUGGAGAGCCUGCAAGAACCCCACUUUUGCAGACCACAAACCCACUGCCUGAGAGUUAUUCUUCAGUGGCCCAGAGACAUUCCUCACCUCUGCUGACACAGACAAAGAAUGAAAAUAUGUUUGAGCUGCCUAUGGAUCUGGCUAAUGCUGAAAGUGCCCAAAAAUCCAUCACCGGAGGCAGCCAGCAGUCCCAUACUGAAGAAUUGCCAGCUGACACAAUGACCCUGUCUCCUGAUGCUGCUGUUCCACUUAAACUGACCCCAGAUGACGUACCGGAAAAAGGAAAUGCUGCAUCUGUUUACUACCAUUUGCUAUAUACAUCUGAUGGAGACUGGAUGACCAGUGAGUCUUCAGACCAACUCCCCCUGGUGUCUCCAAGAAAACAGGCUGCCGUAUAUAGAUUUAGUCCAGUGGAUCCAAGCAUCCAGUCUCUGGGGCCAAGUGCGGUUUUAGAUGAGGUUGACAGUCCUUUAGUAACCAAGAUGGGACCUAACAAGAUUUUGGGAGCAAGUGAUGAGACCGAAGCACUGGAGAUCUCGCAUGACUCGGACAGCACCCUAGAACCUCCUACGAUGUUGUUUUUAAGCCCUAUAUUGCAGGAACAGAUCCUAGCAAGUAGACCCAUGAGUUCCAGUUCCUCAAGAGAUAUUGAUAUGUUGUCUCCCUCAAUGGCAAUGACGAUGGAUUUAGAGACCCAGACCCCAUUAGACAGAGCAGAAGCACUUGAGAUUUUACAGGACUACGAUAGUACCCAAAAGACCCCAGAUGCUAGUUUUCCAGAACAAGAAACACUAGCAAGGAGUCCCAGUUCCAGGUCAUCAAAUGAAGCUCAGACACUAUCCCCUCAGUCACCAUCUCUUCCAGCGACCAGUGAUUUAGAGUCUUUAAUCAGGAUAGAUAUGGCAAAGCAUGGUGUUUUCCCAUCAAGAGGGACUGAUGAUCAGGCAGAAGCACGGGUGCUUUUACAGGAUUCUGACAGCACACAAACAUUCCUUGGUCCUAGGUUUCAAAAACAAGACAUGCAAGCAAAGACACCCUCAUCCAGGUCCCCAAGGGGACCAUUCCUGGAGAUGGUGGAAGAUUCAGAGACACUAAACCGAAGAGAACAUGGCCUGGGAGAUGCAUUAUCCACAGAAUAUUUUGGAAUCUCUACAGAAGACCCUUAUAACAUUCAUGGACAUAACAGACUGGAGAAGGAGGAGCAGGAAUUGCUGUUAAGAAAGGAAAAUUUGUUUGGUUACAAUCCCAAUUCUGGCCUACUAAACUGUCUCAAUGAGGGGUCUCAAAGAAAAGCAGCCCAGUCAUUAGUGUUGACAUUUGAUACCACGACUCCAGCAUCUUUGGAAAAGUCCAUGGAACAAGAUGGUAUUGAGACCAAUCAAAGGCCAAGACAAGCUCAUGGCCUGAGAGAUGCUUUAGCUACAGAAUCUUUAGGAUUCUCUACAGAAGAGCCAUGUUACGCAGAUGCAGAUUACAGGCUAGAGGAGGAGGAAGAGAAUUUGCUGCCAAGAAAGGAACAUGUGUCAAAUUAUACUCCCAGUUCUCGGGGCGAGGACAACCUAAACAGUCUUACUGCGUGGUCUCCAAGAAAAGGAGAAACCACCUUGGAAGAUGACGACUUUGAGAAAAACCAAAGCCAAAAGCAUAGCUCUAACCUGGAAGAUGCAAAGUAUAUGAAAGUUGUAGAACAUUCUUUUGAACCCUCUACCUUUGCUUCACCAAGUGUGUGCAACAGCCUGGAAGACCUGCAGCCAAGAAGCAGAGGAAUGUUUAAGUGCAAUCCAAGUACAAGCUCCAAUGAGUCUGACACCCAGCAAAUUCUGCAUUUAUUAGAAAAAGAGCGAAAUGUAAAACGGGUGCAACUUUCCCCUAAACUAGACCCCUGUGUCUUUCACUCUUCACUUCCUUCUGAGCUGCCUGAUGUGGAUGCAGAAGCUGACGCAUUCAGUUUACUUACACCUGACCUUCAGUGUAGAACCUUGAAGCACCACAUACCUAGUAAUUCGUCUCUAUCUGAUGACAAAAGUAUUGAAGGUUCAACCCACAUUUUGUUGGAAGACAUGAAGAAUGGCAGUUUUUACCCAAAUUCAGACAUACAAGUAGAGGCAAGAACACUUUCUGAACAACCUUCAGAAGUUCAAGGAUCUCAGAGCCAGCCUGCUGUGAUAGAUGUUUCGCCUGAAGGUUGUGCCCCUUUACAAAUCCCAUGCUCUGCUUCAAUUCCAGCAAUUCUGGAGGCAAGUUGUGAUAAUUACCUGGAAUGUGAUGACGAUCUCAGUUCUGUAUCCAGCUUUGGAUCUGAUAUUUCAGCUCAGAAACGAAGCCGUUCCUUAAACUUGCUGUCUGCAUCUGGGCUAAGUGGUAGUUGGAUGAGUCUGUACAGUGAUGCUGGGGAUUUUGGCAACGUCUGUGUCCAGGGAGCAGUGGAGUUCGCCCUGCUGUACAGUGAUGUGAACAGAGAACUGGUUAUCCUUGUGGAGCAGUGUCAGGACCUGGCGAUUGCAAAUGUGAAGAAACAGCGAACAGACCCGUAUGUGAAGACCUAUUUGUACCCUGAAAAAUCCCGCCUUAGCAAGCGGAAGACUUCAGUAAAGAAAAACACUGUGAACCCUGUCUAUAAGGAACCGCUAACGUAUAAAAUGACAAAAGUGGAACUUCAGACCAGGACUCUGCAUCUCUCGGUGUGGCACAAUGACUCUCUGGGUCGAAAUGCCUUCCUUGGAGAAGUUCAAAUAGACCUGCGGACCUGGGACUGGAGAUUUAAUGAUCUAAACUGGUACAACUUGCAGCCCAAGAAUCCUGAUGCUCCAGAAACCUCCAGCAACAAAGGACAAUUAACUGUAGCACUGAAGUAUGUGCCAACUGGAUCAAUAGAUGGUGCCAAGCCAGCCACUGGGGAACUCCAUAUUUGGCUGAAAGAAGCAAGAAACCUGAAAGCCGUAAGGCCCAGUGGUGUUGACUCAUUUGUAAAGUGUUACAUUUUACCCGACACAAGUAAGAAGGGCAGGCAGAAGACCCGGGUGGUCAAGAAAAGCCUGAACCCCAUUUACAACCACACUAUGGUUUAUGAUGGGUUUAGGCACGAGGAAAUUAAAGAGGCCUGUUGCGAGCUGACAAUCUGGGACCAUGACACCUUCUCAAAUCAGUACCUGGGAGGGGUUCGGCUCAGCCUGGGGACAGGUAAAAGCUAUGGGAGAAAUAUGGACUGGAUGGAUUCCGUAGAUGAGGAAAUUGAAGUUUGGAGGAGCAUGAUUUCAAAACCCAAUGGCUGGGUGGAAGCAGUGCUGCCCCUGCGACCCUCUAUGGCCAAGAAAAAGUAGUACUUGCUACUGAAAGUACUGCCAGAUAGCUUCUAUUAUAACAGUAUAUUUUGUUUGUUCUGUGAUUUUUCCACAUUUUUAAAUAUCUGAGUCACUGGGACUGGGUUGAGGGUAAGUUACAUAUUGAAAUAUAUUAAUUAAAUUAAUGAGUUGUUAUAAAAAAUGUAUACUUGAUAAUGAUAUAUAUAUAUAUAU